AUGCAACGACGAGUUCGUGGCAAAGUCUCGCACGCGCUGCCAUGGCCGACGUCUAUGGCCCUUUUGAUGACGCGACGACAUUGGACUUUCUCUGGUACUACCCGAACCGGCGUACCACGAUGCUCGACCUCGAACAGCUGCCUCCGCUUCUGCGUGACGUGUGGCAACAUUGGGCUCGGGUCCCAACGAUGCGCCGGGCGCCGGCGGGGUUCACACCGACGAUGCUCGCCAACGCGCCGUUGUGGUUCAACCAGCUCGACGCCUUCCAAGGUCCGCAAGGCACGGGCCAGACGGCAUUUGCUCUCUCGCUCGAACUUAGUCAUCGCGGCUUCUACGGUCAUCUCGCCCGCUGCGGGCUGCGACGUCUUACGGACAUUCUCGACAACGGCGCGUGGCCCUCCAGAGCAGUUCCAACCUGCGCCUUGA